UCGCAGUCCCUGAUCCCCGGCCCUGACGAGCCUCUUCCUGUAGGACUGCAGCUGCCCUCGGUCCUGCACCACAUCUCCAGCCAUCUCUGUAACCUCUCCUCCCCCCGACUCCCCCUACGCACCCGUGCCCUCACAAAACCAGCACCCACAGGAGCGGGGUGAAGCUUCGGCACAGCGAGAGGAGCCGCUAGCAGGGCCAUGGGAAGGUAAACGUGCAGGAGAAGUGACACCCGGCCCAACCAUGGUCUCUAUGGGACUCCAGCUGGUGGGCUACAUCGUGGCCUUCCUGGGCUACAUCGGCACGCUGACAACCACACUGCUGCCUAACUGGAAGAUCAGCUCCUACAUUGGCUCGAGCAUCGUGACAGCCGUGAGCUUCACCAAGGGGCUAUGGAUGGAGUGUGCUACAUAUAGCACGGGCAUCACUCAGUGCGACAUCUACAGCUCCCUGCUCAACCUGCCUCCUGACAUCCAGGCGGCCCAGGCCCUGAUGGUGAGCUCCUGUGCUGUCUCCUCCCUUGCUUGCCUUAUGGCCGUGGUGGGCAUGAGGUGCACCGUCUUCAAUCAGGGCUCCCCAGCCAAGGACCGAGUGGCAGUGGCGGGUGGUGUGGUCUUCAUCCUCGGGGGGCUGCUCUGCUUCAUCCCACUGGUGUGGAACAUCCACGUGGUGCUGCGAGAUUUCCACAACCCCCUGCUCCCUGACAGCACCAAAUUUGAGUUGGGGGAGGCUCUGUACCUGGGCAUCAUCUCCUCUCUGCUCUCCCUCAUUGGUGGCUUCAUCCUCUGUGCCUCCUGCCCUCCCCGUGACCCAUCGGGCCCCUACUCGCCCCGGUUGCUGGCAAGCAGAAGUCCCCAGCCCUCCAUCAAACAGAUGCAGAAGCCCAAGAGUGAGUUCAGCUCCUACAACCUGACGGGAUAUGUGUAGCAGCAACAGGGCGCCUGGUCAGCACUUUUCCCAGCUCCCAAAACACCUGGGCUGGCACCGAGGGCACACGGUAAGAGAAGACACAGCGGUGUCUCCCACACUCAUAUCUCUUGCUCGGGGAUCUUGACAUAUGACUGCUCAGAAAUCUCAGCUGAUGGUGAAGGACCCUGAAUCCAGCUUCUGUUACCACUUUGCUGCUAUCAGCCUGCUGGAACUGCCCCUGCAAGCCAGCUGUAAGCACACCCAUAGCCCCUGCACAGCAGUCUUCUCAUGGUCAAACUUCAUCCUGCAGCCCACAGCCCAGCAAGGACAGUGAAAUUGUGCCGCUGGGGCUCAUCUGCUCAUCUGGGGCUCUGGAGACACAGGGUGUGGGGAUUAGGGCACCCACAGGAGCCCAGAAUCUUUGGGGGAGAGUGGGGGGAUGGAGUACUGAUCGCAAGCUGAUAUCACAAUAAAUCUAUGUUUCUAGAUGG